UCGAUGCUUAUUUAUCAAAAAUGAUAUCACUGAUAAGAAUUUUUCUGUUAAUUUCUAUUUUAAAGACAGUCUGUACGUUGGAUGAAAUUUAUAAAAAUUGCAGAGACAGGGAGCGUCUAAUUGAACAUGAAAAAGGUGACCUCUACACAUUAAUUGAUGCAACGCUUCAUCAAAAGUUAACGUUGCAAUGCCAUUAUUGCGGCGAAAAUGACGACGGGAGGCCAAAAGUUUGGUAUAAAAUCAAAGAUAUUGGAAGCCCUGCACCAUCUGAAGUGGAUUUAGACAUGAAUAAUAAUUCUACUUUGGAAAGAGUACACGUAAACAAAGAGCACAGUUUGAUUAUUCAUAAUUUUACAAAAAAUGAUACGGGGUUGUAUUACUGUGAGAGAUAUGAAGGAGAGCAACAAGACAAAUACAAUUAUUUGGUCGAUCUUGUUUUCCAAGAUAACAUUUCGACGCUUGAAACAGGGAAUAUCACAGUUUGGCGCAAAUACCAUGAUGAAUAUUUUUUACCAAUCAAUACUUUAUUUAACCACUCAGAGGGUGUAGAAUUUCGGCAUAUCCGUGAACAAUUAAACAUUGAAAUGGAAAUGGUCACAAUUUGGGGGCCUUGGGGUAUUUGCCAAGUGUGUGGGAGACCGAAAGAUGAAGGAAUCAAAAAGAAAGUUGGAUACUGUAGAAUUAAAUUAACACAAAAGGGAAGUGCAUCAAUGCAAAAUAAUAGUGACUUACAUUUUAUAAAAAAUGCGAAUGAAAUUGCGUGCCGUUCAAAAAUUUUAGCUAGGAUUUUGCCCGGUGUUAGUAAUUUAACUCGAAUUAUACCAAACUUUGUACAGACGGAAGUUUGUCAAGGGACUUGUAACCCCGACGCGGAGGGUUUUAGUAAGGGUUGGAAAGCCGGCAAAACCUCAGCUUUCAAGUAUCGAAAAAUUUUUGUUUUGGCUGAAGGCUCGCAUUUAACAUUAGUGUGCCCAGAAUCAACUUUGGAAAAUAAAGUUGUUUGGAAGAAAAAUGGUAAAGUUUUGGAAGCCGGAAAGAGCGUCGUGCCGCCAAAACCGGAAGACGAACCUCGAAUCAUCGUCGACACUUUUAAUACUUUGUAUUUAGUUAGCGUCAAAGAAUCUGAGGAAGGAAAUUACACUUGUCAAGUGGAUGAUAUAAGAAUGCAGCAGAUAAUUAUUUAUGUAAUAUCAAAAGCGCGAAUAUUGACUCAAGCUUUUGUUCGCCAUAUGAUGUAUUUGGGAUUAGUUUUAUCUCUCACGCUACCUUGCUAUUGUGCCGGACUUAUAAUAGCAUGCAGUAGAAAACGAACUUAUAAAAAUUACGAAGAACUAAAAGAAGAGGACGCCCGGAAACACCGAUAUCUAAAAUUACCUUAAAUUAUAUAAAUUUAUACAACCAACAAUGCGCUUUAUUUCUUGUGUUACUACCUACAUAAAUUCUCAAGGUAUUCGCGAUCGCGAAGAGAAAGUUUAGAGUGGAAUGUCUCCUGGUGCAAGUUU